CUGGGUUUUAAAAUGGACUUUUUUAUGUUUUAAAGUACAGCUUAUUCCAUAGAAUUUUAAACUUGAAUUAUUGUAGCUAAAUAUUGACACAAUUAGUAAAAACUACAUAGUAGUAUCUUUGUAGUGCUUCUCUUUGAGUGAUAUCUCUGAUUUUAUUUUAGCUAACAGGAGCAAUUUGGUGUAUUCUCUUUACUGAACUCCUUUACAAAGCUAGGUGAUAAGAUUCUUAAAGUAUUUUAUAAUAAGGCCUUUAUGGCAUAAAUUAGUGACUGUUCCCUACUCCAGAUAUGAGCCAGUGAAACACAAGAUAAAAUUGGAAGGCGGCUGUAAAGAAGGAAUUUUUUUCAGAGCUUUAUCUUCAAGUUUUGAUGUUUUGGUUUUUUGAGAAAAACUAUUUUAUCUUUGCAGGGAAAGAUGAAGAACGAAAUUGCUGCCGUAGUCUUCUUUUUCACAAGGCUAGUUCGCAAACAUGAUAAGUUGAAAAAAGAAGCAGUCGAGAGGUUUGCUGAGAAAUUGACUUUAAUACUUCAAGAAAAAUAUAAAAAUCACUGGUAUCCCGAAAAGCCAUCAAAAGGACAAGCCUACAGAUGCAUUCGUGUCAAUAAGUUUCAGAGAGUUGAUCCUGAUGUCCUGAAAGCCUGUGAGAACAGCUGCAUCUUAUACAGUGACCUGGGCCUGCCAAAGGAACUCACUCUAUGGGUGGACCCAUGUGAGGUGUGCUGUCGGUAUGGAGAGAAAAACAAUGCAUUCAUUGUAGCCAGCUUUGAAAAUGAGGAUGAAAACAAGGAUGAGAUUUCCAAGAAAGUUACCAGGGCCCUUGAUAAGGUUACCUCUGAUUAUCAUUCAGGAUCCUCUUCUUCAGAUGAAGAAGCAAGUAAGGAAGUAGAAGUGAAACCCAAUUCAGUGGCUGCGACCCCCAGCCCCAUGUACCAGAUUUCAGAACUGAUGUUCCCGCCUCUUCCAAUGUGGCAUCCUUUGCCCAGAAAAAAGCCAGGAAUGUACCGAGGGAAUGGUCAUCAAAGUCACUACCCUCCUCCUGUUCCAUUUGGUUAUCCAAAUCAGGGAAGGAAGAAUAAACCAUAUCGCCCAAUUCCAGUAACAUGGGUACCUCCUCCUGGAAUGCAUUGUGACCGGAAUCACUGGAUUAAUCCUCACAUGUUAGCACCUCACUAGCUGCUUUUGAUUCUGUUGGUGUCAUGUUGAGAGAAGGUAGAAUAAGCCUGACUACAUAUUAAAAGUUCAUACUCAAAAGUAGUAAAGUUAGAUGGGCUAAACUAUCAAACUUAUUUUUAUAGAGAAGUUAUUGAGAAUAAUCUUUCUUAAAAAUAUAUAUAUGCACUUUAGAUAUAUUGAUAUAGUUUGAGAAACUUUAUUAAAGUUAGUCAAGUGCCUGAGUUUUUAAUAUUGGACUUGAGUAUUUAUAUAUUGUGCAUCAACUCUGUUGGAUAUGAGAACACUGUAGGAGUGGACGAUCUGUUCUGGCACCUUUGAGCAUUUACUUUAUGGAGAGUAUGUAAGUUAUUUAUACACAAGGAAAUCUAUUUUAUGUCAUUGUUUAGAAGAACUGCGUGAAAUCAUGUAGUUGCAAAUAAAAAGUAGUUUGAGGCAUGACAGUGUGUGCUUCUGUUCUGUGCAUAAAAAAGAAAGCAAAGGGGAUAGCUCACUUUGAUGUGUUUAGAUAUUUAGCAAAGAAAAAACUAACAAUUUUAAUUUUUCUUUAAAAAAUUAACUUUUAUUUACUUUACCUUUCCCAAAGGCUAUAAAUAUCAAAAGAUUCAUAUAAGAACUCUAAAAUUUGUUAGUAGCAGAUAAUUGAAAAUGUGAAUAUAAUGAAACAUCUUUCAACCAGUAGAGUCACUAUAGGUAGAAUUUUCCCAACCAAGGAUUUGGCCUGUACAAAUUUUGAUAUGACAUCAGACUUAUGUGCCCUAGUGCCAUGGCAUAAAGCAGAAAUGUUCUUAUAGCUGCGUUGAUCUCUGUGCCUUGUGCUUUUUUUCAACAUGUUAAAGUCUUUAUUAGAGGUCUAAAAUAAAGCCAAAUAGUACAGUACUUCAGAUUCUUCAGUAGUCCUUCAUAUUUAUACCACUGUAAUGCCAUCAGUCUUGUAAGCGUGCUUGAACUACAAAAAGAGAAAAAAAGCUAUAAGAUAUUGGGGUUUUUCCCAAAGGUAAAUUUUUAAAAACUAAGAUCAUUAUGUUUUCUCAUUGCCCACAUCUUUAAAUUUCUAGUCUUAAAUUAUUUGACUUACCAGAAAAAUCACAACUUGCUAAUAAAUCAUUGGAUGUCCUUGGCUGUUCCAGAUAUUUUUGUUGUUGUGUUUGCUGAUAAAUUCUGUUGAAGUAUAGGCUACCAGAAAAGCACACAAAUCAGAGAGCUCUCAAAGUUUUGACAGUAUGUGGAAUUCAAAAUAUCUGCAGCCUCAACAGAAAACAUUUUUAAACCUUAGUUAUUUUAAUGUUAUUGUACUCUCUGAUAAGCCAUAUGCAACUUUUUAUAUAUUUCUAAACCAUAGUAUCUACUUUUUUUCCUGAAAUUUAUAGUGAAUUAUUUAAACUUGAGCAUAUUUCUCUAGGGAUAACUGGCAUCACAAAGGAGAUUAGUUUUAAAUUUGAAAAAACAUUUUUUAAUUGUUACUGUUCCCUUAUAGAUCCUAGAGAGUUUUGGGUGAUAACGCAGAUUUGUGGGCAAUUAUAAAGGUGGCAGGUUUCAGUAUUUUUAUCAUGGAAUUAGCAGAUAGCAUUUCUUCUGUUACUUUGCUCAUGUCAUAGUUAUAUGCCCACUGGGAAAAUCAGAAGCAUAACAGCUAUACUGUUGAGGGAAAUAUUUUUGGUACGUACCUAGUAGCUAUACUUUUUUUUGCACAUUAGAUUCCUAUAAAAUCUCCUAAAUCUCUUAUUCAUUAGUGUUGACAACUAAAUGGCAGAGUGUCUUUUCCUUGGUUUUUGAAAACCAAGGAAAAUUCUAAUUUUGAAUUAGACUGCAUAUUAGACAUACUACCUGUAGAAGAUUCUGCCCUUUAUUGACUACCUCACACUUUUUUUUGCUUACGUAAAGCAAAAGAAAGCUCUUAUCAAUAUAGCUUUUCUAAUCCAUUCCUAAUGAAAUAAAACCAUCUUUCUUUCAGAAGCAAUGUGUUAAACUCAAGUCUAGUAAGUAUGCAGUUCAAAAUGUGUCAAACUUUUUAACUAGUAAUUAGGACUCUAGGAGUUGUAACAUCUCUAAGUCUGUCUCCCUCAGUCAGACUCCAGGACUGCUCUAAUGAAGACAAAAUGUCACUGCAUAAUUUCAGCCUGAAAGCAUUAUGGAGCUGUUUCAAGGAGUGCUUUGUGACUGAAUGUUGAUAAUUUGUUUAAAUUCUCCAUUUUAUUUUAUAUUUGUAGCCAUAGCUGCAAAGCUCUAAAUUUAGAGGUUAAACUUGUACAUGGAAAUAUUAAAAAAUAUGUAAAUUCUUUUGGUAAAUUCUCUUAUAUCAAUACCAAAGUGCUUAUUUCUUGGUUUUUAGUAUAAUAUUUAUCUCAAAGUAUAUAACUUUUUAGCAGAUUUUUAUGAUUUCAAACAGAUAAUAAAGCAUUUACAUUGGUUUAUACUCAGCUAUCACAAA